AUGAAAGGCUUCUCUGCUGCAGUUCUUAUUGCCCUUGCAUCCACCGCCGCAUCAACUCCUGUUCCAUCACCAGCACCCGAACCCCUGCUCAACGACCUGGUCGGUACCAUCACGAACCUCCUGACGAACCUCCUGGGUGGCGUUACUGGCACGGUGACCAACCUAGGAAAUACGGUGACUGGCACUAUCGGCAAUGUUGGGGACCUUGCCGGAAACGUUGUCACAACGGUGGGCGGAGUCGUCAACAACUUGCCCGUCGUUGGAUCAAUUGCAGGGCCGCUCUUGAAUAGCUUGAACUAA